UUUCUGUUCGGUACUCGAGUCGGCCAUCAUCAUUUUCUGCAAAUGGACGCCUUGCUGCUUUGUCAUCGUGUUUAUUAGUUCUGUGAUUCGAAUAAUUUUUCUAAGCGAAAUUUGUUGAAAAACGAACAAAAAGUAUCACCGGACUUACCCCCGGUCGGUGGGAAACCGAUUGAAGGUAUUUUUAAGCUCAUCAAGCGAGGGUAAAAUCAUACUAUCCUGGAGAAGGCAAAAUAAGUUGUCGACAUGAACGGAGACUCGAAAGCACCGCUUCGGACGGUGAAAAGGGUGCAGUUCGGCAUUUUAUCACCGGAUGAAAUCCGACGGAUGUCAGUUACGGAAGGUGGCAUUCAGUAUGCUGAAACCAUGGAGGGUGGUCGACCGAAGUUAUGCGGCUUGAUGGAUCCCCGUCAAGGUGUCAUCGAGCGCACAUCUCGGUGUCAGACUUGUGCUGGCAAUAUGACCGAAUGCCCGGGCCAUUUUGGUCACAUAGAUUUAGCUAAGCCGGUAUUUCAUAUCGGUUUCAUUACUAAAACUAUAAAAAUUUUGCGCUGCGUAUGCUUUUACUGCUCUAAGAUGCUGGUUGCUCCGAGCAAUCCGAAAAUAAAGGAAAUUGUCAUGAAAUCCAAGGGGCAGCCACGCAAACGAUUGGCCUAUGUAUACGAUCUGUGCAAAGGUAAAAAGAUUUGUGAAGGUGGAGAAGACAUGGACAUAACAAAAGACGGCGCUCCGCCAGAUCCCAAUAAAAAGCAAGGUCAUGGUGGUUGCGGUCAUUAUCAGCCAUCGCUGCGCCGAACUGGAUUGGACGUGAUUGCCGAGUGGAAGCACGUUAAUGAGGAUUCGCAGGAAAAAAAGAUUGCUGUCACGGCGGAACGAGUUUGGGAAAUUUUGAAACAUAUUACCGAUGAAGAGUGCUAUGUACUGGGAAUGGAUCCAAAGUUCGCUCGUCCAGAUUGGAUGAUCAUUACUGUACUUCCAGUUCCACCAUUGGCAGUUAGACCUGCCGUUGUUAUGUUUGGUGCAACAAAGAAUCAGGACGAUUUAACCCACAAACUUUCAGACAUCAUUAAAGCCAACAAUGAAUUAAAGAAGAACGAAUCUACCGGCGCAGCAGCCCAUGUAAUUGCCGAGAAUAUAAAAAUGUUACAGUUCCACGUUGCAACAUUGGUCGAUAACGAUAUGCCUGGAAUGCCCAAGGCUAUGCAAAAAAGUGGAAAACCACUAAAGGCCCUGAAAUCUCGCUUGAAGGGCAAAGAAGGACGUAUUCGUGGUAAUUUGAUGGGAAAACGUGUGGACUUUUCGGCUCGUACUGUUAUUACUCCGGAUCCAAAUCUGCGUAUCGAUCAAGUCGGCGUUCCUCGUUCAGUUGCACAGAACAUGACUUUCCCAGAAUUGGUGACUCCAUUCAAUAUCGAUCGCAUGCAAGAAUUGGUUCGACGCGGUAAUUCUCAAUAUCCAGGCGCAAAAUAUAUCGUACGGGAUAACGGUGAGCGUAUAGAUCUUCGAUUCCAUCCGAAGUCUAGUGAUUUACAUCUCCAAUGCGGCUACAAAGUAGAACGACAUCUUCGUGAUGAUGAUUUGGUGAUUUUCAACCGUCAACCCACAUUGCAUAAGAUGAGUAUGAUGGGUCAUCGUGUCAAAGUCUUACCAUGGUCAACUUUUCGGAUGAACCUUAGCUGUACUUCUCCGUAUAACGCUGAUUUUGACGGAGACGAAAUGAAUUUGCACGUUCCACAAUCUAUGGAGACUCGAGCAGAAAUUGAAAACAUUCACAUCACUCCUAGGCAGAUUAUCACCCCUCAAGCCAACAAACCCGUUAUGGGUAUUGUGCAGGAUACUUUAACUGCCGUGCGAAAAAUGACCAAACGUGAUGUUUUUCUUGAGAAAGAACAAAUGAUGAACUUGCUCAUGUUUUUGCCUACGUGGGACGGCAAAAUGCCACAACCAUGCAUUCUUAAACCGAAACCUCUCUGGACCGGUAAACAGAUCUUUACACUUAUCAUCCCCGGUAACGUGAACAUGAUCCGAACGCAUUCAACCCAUCCCGACGAGGAAGAUGACGGACCUUACAAAUGGAUUUCGCCGGGAGACACCAAGGUUAUGGUCGAACAUGGCGAAUUGAUUAUGGGUAUUCUGUGUAAGAAAACUCUCGGAACCUCUGCCGGUUCUCUACUGCAUAUCGUUUUCCUCGAACUGGGACAUGAAAUUGCUGGUCGCUUCUACGGUAAUAUUCAAACGGUGGUUAACAACUGGCUGCUACUCGAGGGGCACAGCAUCGGUAUCGGAGACACCAUUGCUGAUCCCCAGACCUACGCUGAAAUCCAGCGCGCAAUCAGGAAAGCCAAAGAAGAUGUCAUUGGUGUUAUUCAGAAAGCCCACAACAUGGAACUGGAACCGACACCCGGUAACACUCUAAGGCAGACUUUCGAGAAUCAGGUCAACCGUAUUCUUAACGAUGCUCGUGAUAAAACUGGUGGCUCUGCUAAAAAAUCGCUCACUGAAUACAACAAUCUUAAGGCUAUGGUGGUAUCUGGUUCAAAAGGAUCCAACAUUAACAUUUCUCAGGUUAUUGCCUGUGUGGGCCAGCAGAACGUUGAAGGUAAGCGUAUCCCGUUCGGAUUCCGCAAACGCACCUUGCCGCACUUCAUCAAGGACGAUUACGGUCCUGAAUCGAGAGGAUUCGUAGAAAAUUCGUAUCUUGCUGGUUUGACUCCGACCGAGUUCUAUUUCCAUGCUAUGGGAGGUCGUGAGGGUCUUAUCGAUACUGCUGUGAAGACUGCCGAAACUGGAUACAUUCAGCGUCGUCUGAUCAAAGCUAUGGAGUCUGUUAUGGUGCACUACGACGGAACGGUGCGUAAUUCAGUAGGGCAGUUAAUUCAGCUGCGUUACGGCGAAGACGGGCUCUGUGGAGAAACGGUCGAGUUUCAGAACUUACCCACGAUAAAACUGUCAAAUAAGGUGUUUGAAAAGCGGUACCGAUUUGAUCCAUCGAACGAGCGAAAUCUCAGGAGAAUUUUCAACGAGGAAGUGAUCAAGGAAUUGACUGAGUCGGCUGAUGUUAUACAAGAAAUUGAAGCCGAAUACGAACAGUUAAUGCGGGACCGGGAAGCGUUACGGCAAAUUUUCCCUAAUGGAGAUUCAAAAGUAGUAUUGCCGUGUAACUUACAGCGUAUGAUCUGGAACGUGCAAAAGAUUUUCCACAUCAACAAACGAGCACCGACAGAUUUGUCACCUUUGAAAGUAAUUCAAGGUGUGCGAGAGCUACUGCAGAAGUGUGUCAUCGUGGCUGGAACGGAUCGGCUGUCUAAGCAAGCGAACGAAAACGCUACGUUGCUGUUUCAAUGUUUGGUUCGAUCGACGCUAUGUACUAAAUAUGUGGCGGAAGAGUUUCGAUUAAAUAACGAAGCGUUCGAGUGGUUGAUUGGAGAAAUCGAGACACGAUUCCAACAGGCUCAAUGUAAUCCAGGUGAAAUGGUGGGAGCCUUAGCUGCCCAGUCGCUUGGUGAACCGGCUACGCAGAUGACACUGAAUACUUUCCAUUUUGCCGGUGUGUCAUCGAAAAACGUAACACUUGGUGUACCAAGAUUGAAGGAAAUCAUUAAUAUUUCCAAGAGGCCAAAAGCUCCUUCACUAACCGUUUUCCUAACUGGUGGUGCCGCUCGUGAUGCGGAGAAAGCUAAGAACGUACUUUGUCGGUUGGAACAUACAACUCUCAGAAAGGUGACAGCCAACACUGCAAUUUACUAUGAUCCUGAUCCUCAAAGAACCGUGAUUGCUGAAGAUCAAGAGUUCGUAAAUGUAUACUACGAAAUGCCGGAUUUCGACCCCACUAGGAUUUCGCCCUGGUUGUUGCGUAUCGAACUGGACCGCAAAAGGAUGACUGAUAAGAAGCUGACUAUGGAACAGAUAGCGGAGAAAAUUAAUGCUGGUUUUGGGGAUGAUCUUAACUGUAUUUUCAAUGAUGACAAUGCCGACAAAUUGGUGCUUCGAAUUCGAAUCAUGAACAAUGAGGACAAUAAGUUCCAGGAGAAUGAAGAAGAAAACAUGGACAAAAUGGAAGACGAUAUGUUUUUGCGAUGUAUUGAAGCCAAUAUGCUUUCGGACAUGACUCUACAGGGUAUCGAAGCUAUUGGUAAAGUGUACAUGCAUUUACCGCAAACGGACGCCAAGCGAAGGAUUGUGAUAACACCGGAAGGAGAGUUUAAAGCCAUUGGUGAGUGGUUGCUGGAAACUGACGGAACCUCGAUGAUGAAAGUCUUGAGCGAACGAGAUGUAGAUCCUGUAAGAACAGCUAGUAACGAUAUUUGUGAAAUUUUCCAAGUACUCGGUAUCGAAGCGGUGCGAAAAUCCGUAGAGAAAGAAAUGAAUAACGUGCUGCAGUUUUAUGGUCUUUAUGUAAACUAUCGUCAUUUGGCUUUACUGUGCGACGUAAUGACAGCAAAGGGUCACUUAAUGGCCAUCACACGUCACGGUAUCAACAGACAAGAUACCGGCGCUCUCAUGAGAUGUUCCUUCGAAGAAACUGUCGACGUGUUGAACGACGCAGCUGUACAUGCUGAGGUGGAUCCAAUGAGAGGUGUUUCGGAGAAUAUCAUUAUGGGACAGUUGCCUCGAAUGGGUACAGGUUGCUUCGAUUUGUUGCUGGAUGCUGAAAAAUGUAAGCUAGGUAUGGAGAUUCCGCAUACCUCAAUAAUGGGUGCUACCGGAAUGUUCUUCGGACCUGGGGCUACUCCAAGCAUGAGUCCUGUAAUGACACCUUGGCAGCAAUCACAAACUCCUGGUUACGGAGGAUGGUCUCCGUCGGGUCCGCCUAGCGGCAUGACUCCAGGUGGUCCAAGUUUCUCCCCAUCAGCACAGAGCGAUGCUUCGGGAAUGUCUCCUUCUUGGUCACCAAUGCCAGGAUCUCCAAGUUCCCCUGGACCGUCAAUGUCUCCAUACUUCCCAUCAUCACCAAGUGCAUCUCCAUCGUAUUCUCCGAGCAGCCCAAAUUACGCAGCUGCUUCGCCAGGUGGUGCUUCACCGUGCUAUUCGCCAACUAGUCCAAGUUAUUCUCCGACAAGUCCGAACUAUUCUCCCACAAGUCCCCGAUACUCACCAACCAGCCCGAACUACAGUCCAACGUCAACGCAUUAUUCUCCUACAUCUCCAAGCUAUUCUCCCACAUCGCCGCUGUUCUCCCCAACAGCAACCUACGCUCCGUCAAGCCCAGCUUAUUCUCCAACGUCACCAUCAUAUUCACCUACAAGCCCGUACUCACCAACGUCGCCCAGCUAUUCACCAACAUCUCCAGCUUAUUCUCCAACCAGCCCUUCCUAUUCGCCGUCCAGUACUUCAUAUUCUCCUACGUCACCGUCCUACUCCCCUACAUCACCCAGCUACUCUCCUACUUCGCCCAAUUAUACUCCAGCCACACCGUCUUAUUCGCCGACCAGUCCUAAUUAUUCACCCAGUUCUCCGCACUAUUCCCCAACAUCUCCAAGUUAUUCCCCAUCUUCUCCAAAAUAUUCCCCGACAUCUCCAAGCUACUCCCCAACCUCACCGUCGUACGGUGGCAGUCCACAAUACACUCCCACUAGCCCUCAAUAUUCACCAACGAGUCCGAAAUACUCUCCAACAUCGCCCAGCUACUCACCAAGUUCUCCUCAGCAUUCGCCAGGAAGCAGCAGUAGUAACUACAUGGUUAGCUCGCCCACGUACUCGCCCUCGACCGCUCGUUAUUCUCCGAACAUGUCGUCUUACUCCCCUGGUAGCCAGAAAUAUUCACCUACCAGCCCGGUGUACACGCCAACCUCGCCACACUAUUCUCCCUCCAGUCCGGCUUAUUCGCCUACACCUCAGGGUUAUAGCCCCUCUAGCCCGGCUAGUCCAACUUAUUCGCCGACUAGUCCUUCCUACGAGGAAAGCCCUGAAGAUUAAAGUCAUCGCUGUUGCUCAACCAAAAAUUGUGGCCCGGAUUAUGGAAAAAACUGAACUGAGGUAGCACAUUUUGCGUAAUUUUUCUUUGAUUAUAUGUUUAAGAUGAUUCAACGAUAGACAGUUCUAACAGAAUGAACGAUUGAAAUGUGAAACAUUUUAGUGGAUAGAAUAUUUAUGUUAGGCGGUAACCAGCUUACAACACGAAGAAUUUUCGAAAAAAAAAUCAAAUAUUCGGUUGUUGUUUAUCUUUUUGUUGCAGUCGAAACUACCCGUUUAUUCCAUUCGUAAUUGUGUAUUCUGCAGUUUGGUUAUUCUGCCGAUUACAAUUGAACAAUUUAGCUGUGUCGCAUGUGUAGUGUGUCACACGUACUGCAUAAAUCAAAUAAUUUUUAUUCAAUAUUGUAGAUUGAUAAAAUAAAUAUCUUACUAUUUAAAA